AUGAGGUAUUUCGUAUAUUUUUCAGCAAGUCAUGAAAAAAAUACUGUAAGUUCUAAUCCAGCAAAAAUUUCGACAUUGGGAUCACUGAAAGAUCACAUUUGUUCACUAUGUGAUGUCGCUCCAAAUGCUGUAAAAAUUAUUCAUCGAGGUCGUAUCUUAAAUGGUGAUGAUUCUGUCCCCUUGUCAUUUUUUAAUUUCAAAGAAAGCGAUAAAUUAUUGGUACUUGGUAAAGGUUCAUCGAUGCAAACAGAUGCAGGAUGGGAGCUGCUGGUAGAUUUCGAAAGACAUACUUCGGAUGUGCCUAAAAUAUAUGCGAAGAAUGAGGGUGAUUUGACUCAACUUGAAAAAAAUUUUUUGAAAGAUCCGGAGAGGCGGGAAUAUACCAAGAUAGUGGAUAGACGGUUGAAAGGAUUUGCUGAGAAUUGUAUGAAACUUUUGGAAAAGCUGGAUGGGUUGCCAAUAAUUAGUGACAAUACUGAAGAAAGACAAGCGAUACGUAAUCGUGAAAAGCGGAAGUUUCUGGUUCGUGGUCUCCAAGAUGCUUUGAAUAAAAAUGACAAGCUAAUGACACGACUAACUGAUUAUCUUAGUCGAAUCGAGAAUCCUGAAAACAGUCAGUAG